AUGAAGAUCCCACCUCGAUGCAUGUUCACAACUCAGCUCGUCGGAACCCUAGUUGUAGGGAUGAUGAAUCUCGCAGGGCUUCAUCCUAAAAUUCCAUGGACAUCCCCCAAAUUCAAAGUUACAUUUGAUACUUUUGUGAUUUGGGGAGUCAUCGGACCUGAGAGAAUCUUUGGUUCUGGAGUCCCCUACGCCCUUUUGUAUCUGGUCGGAAUCGACGAUGAGCAGCAAGGUGGCAGCGGUGAUCUAAUGUGGUGGUCAGAGUCCGUUCCAGCGACUCUGGUUACUAUGUAUCGGGUCAGAAUCGGUGGAGAAAGUGAAUGGGUUUGGAGAGGGCUCGGUGGCGGCUGA